AUGGCCUCUUCUACUCCAAAAAACAAGGUCUGCAUCCUUGGAUCCGGCAACUGGGGUUCCACCGCCGCCAGAAUCGUCGGCAGCAACGUCACCAAGUUGCCUGCCUUUGACAACGACGUCAAGAUCUGGGUCUACGAGGAGAUGGUUGACGGCAAGAAGCUCACCGACAUUAUCAACACCCAGCACGAGAACGUCAACUGCCCAAAACGUCAUCGCUGUGCCGAUGCCGCUGAAGCAGUGAAGGGCGCCACGCACAUCAUUGUCGUCAUCCCGCACCAGUUUAUACAGAACCUGCUCAACACCAUUCACGGCCACACGCUGCCCAACGCGCGCGCCAUAUCCAAUCAGGGGAUGACCACAAUGACCCAGAUCAUCCACCGCACGCUGGCCAUCCCCGUUUCGUGCUUGAGCGGCGCAAACAUUGCUAAUGAAAUCGCCGAGGAGAAGUACUGCGAGACUACAAUUGGCUGCUCCGACCCGACGAGGCUAUCAUAUGGCGGUCUCUGUUCAACAAGCCCUACUUUCAGCGACGUCAUUGGCGUCGAAUUCUGCGGCGCAUUGAAGAAUAUUGUCGCAGUUGGCGCCGGAUUUAUCGACGGAUUGGGCCUGGGCAACAACACAAAGGCCGCGAUCAUCCGUAUCGGCUUCCUCGAGAUGCGCCGCCUGGCAAUGCACAUAUCUGAGCUGCGGCAUCGCGAUGUCAUCACGACCUGCUACGGCGGCCGCAACCGCCUUUUGGCAGAGGCCUUUGUCAAGACUGGAAAGCCCAUGCACCAGCUCGAGCAGGAGAUGCUCAAUGGCCAGAAGCUGCAGGGCUACCUGACUGCUGGCGAGGUGUUUUCGUACAUUGAUGGCUGUGGCGUCACGGACCAUUUCCCGCUGUUCACAAACAUAUACCAGAUCUGCUACGAGAAUAGGUCACCGCGAAGCAUCUUUGACGGCCUCAAUGUCGACUUUUCACAGGAUACACUCGGUACGAUGGCACCUUUAUAA